AUGGCGAUGGUAUCGUGGAAGUAGGGGGCAGCGCCGCCGCCGAGGGAGAGGGAGAGGACGUCCACGCCGUCGGCGAUGGCGCGGUCUAUGCCGGCGAGGAUGUCGGAGCCGAAGCACCCGCUCGCCCAGCAGACCUUGUACAUGGCGACGCGCGCCGCCGUGGCCAUCCCGCGGGCGGUGCCCGGAGCGUAG